AUGCUUUCAGACACGAUUUCUCACAUAGAGCGUGUCAUCGGUGAACAGACUUUAUUCAGCGGCGCACUCAAUCUUUUAUUCAUAAGUCUCAUCGCUCAGCUUGUUCUUGCACACUUCACAGUCCAUGGCCGAUUCUGGAAUGCUCAAGCAUGGACAGGUGUUCGUAAGGAAUGGCUUCCCAAGAUAAGAGCAAAAUUCCGCUCCAUCGGCGGCAUACGCCAGAUGUUAAGCGACGGCUAUGAGGGUUUUUCAAAGCAGAAGAAAGCGUUUGUUUUGCCAAUGAUCGCCGAGGAACCAUGGCUCGUGUUACCUCCUUCUAGCAUUCCUGAGCUUCUCGCGAAGUCGGAUUCAGAGGUCGACAUGAAAAUUAUCCACGAGGAGCAACUCCUACAUAAGUAUACAACAGGUUCCCUCGGCCGUCACGUUGUCGAUGUGCCCAUACAAUAUGAUAUUCUCCAUCGUCAAGUGAAUCGAAAGCUUCCUCUUUUGAUAGAUGCCUUUUACGAUGAGCUUGAUCAUAGCUUCAGACAACACUGGGGUACUGACAUGUCUUAUACGGAGGUAGGAGUCUCGGCGACCUGUGGGAAAAUCAUCACUCAAGCCUUGAACCGGAUCUUUGCAGGCCAGGAGAUCUGUCGGGAUGAGGACUUCUUGAAACACUCCAAACUGUACUCCGAAGGGGUCGGCAGUAGUGCAAUUAUUGUGCGCAUGCUUCCACGGCCGCUACAACCGCUACUCGCACCACUUAUCACCUACUCGAACCGCAAACACCACGAUAUUUGCAUGAGAGUCUGCCUCCCAGUGAUAAUAGAUAGGCUGCAGCAUACGGCUGCGAAGCGAGCCGAUGCUGGAUAUCUGUGGGAGCCACCAGUCGAUGUACUUCAAUGGAUUAUCGACGAAUGCUUUGAGCGUAAUGACCCUAAAGAGCUUGAUGCUCACAUGAUCACCCAACGAUUACUCAAGCUGAACUUUGUCGCCGUCGAGACCACCCACAUGUCCAUGGCCCAUACUAUUCUCGACCUUUACCGCUCGCCCAACUCCGACGAAUUUGUAGCUGGUCUUCGCCAAGAAUGUGAUUCUGUGCUUGAAGCAAAUGAUGGCCAGUGGACCAAGAGUGGACUCGAUGACCUUGUAUGCGUUGACUCAACAAUCCGCGAGUCGAUGAGAUACUCGGACCUUGGAUACAUAGCAUUGACCCGUAUGGUUGUCGAUCCCCAUGGAACUCAAUUCAGUGUCAAUGGCAUAAAUAGCAGCAGUCCAUUGACCGUACCUCCUGGCAUUCGAGUCUGUGUGCCGGCGCAUGCAAUCCACCGAGAUGCUACACUCAACCCUUCACCUCACGAAUUUCAAGCCUUCCGCUUUGCCAAGUCUCGUGAGAAGGAUGGGCAAAGAGAAACAAAACUUUCCGAGCCCAAGGUAUCCAUCGUCACCACAACAGACAAGUUUCUGCCCUUCGGCCAUGGCCGUCACGCAUGUCCUGGUCGCUUCUUUGCCGCACAACAGAUGAAGCUAAUGCUGGCGUACUUGGUGCAAAAUUACGAUGUGGAGAAGUUAUCCACGAAAGUCGAAAACAAAGUCAUGGUGGGGACCGCGACGCCUGAUGCCAAAUUGAAGGUCAGGGUGAAAAGACGGAAGGGCUACGCAUGA